ACAACCCCAUCUUGAGUACUUCCAUUCUCAGCCAAAGAAACGUUUUAAGGGUCGUCCCGCCGGCCGCAUAAUCCUCUAAGCAUAAAGCAAUGGGCAGGAAAUUCUUCGUCGGCGGCAACUGGAAAUGCAAUGGAACGACGGAGGAGGUUAAGAAAAUUGUAGCAACGUUGAAUGAUGGGAAGGUUCCUUCACAGGAUGUUGUUGAGGUAGUCGUAAGUCCCCCUUUUGUGUUUCUCCCACUUGUGCAAAGUUUGCUGCGUCCUGAUUUUCAAGUUGCUGCUCAAAAUGUCUGGGUAAAGAAAGGAGGGGCAUACACUGGUGAGAUCAGUGCUGAGAUUCUUGUGAAUCUAGGCAUUCCCUGGGUAAUUGUUGGCCAUUCUGAAAGGAGGUCUUUACUUGGUGAAUCCAAUGAGUUCGUGGGAGAUAAAGUUGCAUAUGCACUUUCUCAAGGUUUGAAAGUGAUUGCUUGUGUUGGUGAGACCCUCGAGCAACGAGAAUCAGGUUCAACUGUGGAUGUUGUUGCUGCACAGACAAAGGCUAUUGCAGAAAGGAUUUCUGAUUGGAAAAAUGUAGUUAUCGCCUAUGAGCCAGUUUGGGCUAUUGGAACCGGCAAGGUUGCAACCCCAGCUCAGGCCCAAGAGGUUCAUUUUGAACUGCGGAAGUGGCUUUUGGAAAACGUGAGUGCUGAAGUUUCUGAAUCCACUAGGAUCAUUUAUGGAGGUUCUGUAAAUGGGGCGAACUCCAAGGAAUUGGCUGGACAGCCCGAUGUUGAUGGCUUCCUUGUUGGUGGCGCAUCUUUGAAGCCUGAAUUUCUGGACAUCAUCAACUCUGCCACAGUGAAGUCAAGCUAGGUGAUUUCUGGCUAUUCACUAUUCCCCGAUGUUGUGGAGGCAAAAUAUAAUUUCAUCUGAAACUAUCUUAAAGUUUUGUUAUUUUGAUGCUUGUUUAUUUUCUAUUUUGAGUGCUUCAUAAUGAUGCAGCCCACAAGACUGCAAAUAAUGCCUAACAACAAGGUUGUAAUAUCUUUAUACUUAUUAUUUUAUAUUGGCCAAUCAAGCUGAACUGCAUCAAA